AUGAAGAAGCUGAGUUACACAUGGGAAGCUGUUGAUAUAAAAAAUAAAAUACUUUAUACAAUAAAUGUCUGUGGAAAUGGGGCCAUUUCCCAUUGUGGGCCGUCAAGUGCUAUUUGUAUGCACAAUUUGAAGACAAACAGCUAUCAUUCAGUGGGUGAUUCUCUUCUGAAAAGUGGAACCAGAUCUCUUCUGGAGUUUAACACAACAACCAAUUGUGAGCAGCCAAGCAAAAAUCACAAAGUCCAGAGUAGCAUCACCUUCCUGUGUGGGAAAACCCUGGGGACUCCUGAGUUUGUCACUGCAACAGAAUGCGUGCAUUACUUUGAGUGGAGGACCUCAGUGGCCUGCAAGAAAGAAACAUUUAAAGCCAGUAAAGAGGUGCCGUGCUAUGCAUUUGAUAAAGAGUUACAGAAGCAUGAUUUAAAUCCCUUGAUCAAGAGUAGCGGCGGUUAUCUGGUGGAUGACUCUGAUCCUGACACAUCUCUGUUCAUCAAUGUCUGUAGAGACAUAGAUUCGCUGCGGGAUUCCAGUCUGCAGCUGCGUGCUUGUCCCUCCGGUGCUGCCGCCUGCCUGGUGAAAGGGGACCAAGGGUUUGAUGUCGGCCAGCCAAAGGACGGGCUGAAGCUUGUGGGCAAGGACAGGCUGGUCCUGACUUAUGUGAAGGAAGAGGCAGCUAAGCCAGACUUCUGUGAUGGUCACAGCCCGGCAGUGACUGUUACCUUUGUGUGCCCAUCAGAGCGGAGAGAGGGCACCAUUCCUAAGCUGACUGCGAAAUCCAACUGCCGCUACGAGGUGGAGUGGGUCACCGAGUAUGCCUGCCACAGGGGUUAUUUGGAGAGUAAAACAUGUUCUCUCAACAGUGAGCAACAUGACGUCACCAUUGACCUGACGCCGCUCGCACGGAAUGGAUUGUCCUACUUCUUGUACAAUACCUCGGACGGAGACGAAUAUAAUUUUGUAUUGAAUGUGUGUCGAGACACCGAAGCCUACAUCUGCAAUACGAAAGGGGUUGCAGUUUGCCAAGUGAAGAAGGCUGAUAGCACUCGAAUGAAAGUGGCAGGAAGAUCCCAGAACCAAACCCUGCGAUACUCGGAUGCAGAUCUUACCUUAAUAUACUCUGGAGGUGAUGAGUGCAGCUCAGGCUUUCAGCGAAUGAGCGUCAUCAACUUUGAGUGCAACCAAACCGCCGGUAACCACGGAAAAGGAGUCCCUGUGUUCACGGGGGAGGUGGACUGCACCUACUUCUUCACAUGGGACACCAAGUAUGCCUGUGUCAAGGAGAAGGAGGACCUGUUGUGUGGUCUCAGUGACGGGAGGAGGCGGUACGACCUGUCCCCUCUGGCUCGACACUCAGAACGAGAACAGAAUUGGGAAGCCGUGGAUGGCAGCCAGGCAGACAUGGAAAAGAAGCAUUUUUUCAUUAAUGUCUGUCACCGAGUGCUACAGACGGGCCAGGCGAGAGGCUGCGCCGAGGACGCAGCUGUGUGCGCUGUGGAUAAGAAUGGAAGAAGUAAAAAUCUGGGAAGAUUUUUGUCUUCUCCCACAAAAGACAAAGGAAACGUUCAGCUCUGUUACUCAGACGGUGAUGCUUGUGGUCGUGGCAAGAAAAUAAAAACAAAUAUUACGUUUGUUUGUAAACCAGGUGAUUUUGAAAGUGCUCCAGUGCUGAGAAGUUUUGGGGACAGUGGUUGCUUCUACGAGUUUGAGUGGCACACGGCUGCUGCCUGCGUGCUGGCCAGGGCAGAGGGCGAGAACUGCACCGUGCUGGAUUCCCAGGCAGGGUUUUCUUUUGAUUUGUCACCUCUUGCAAAGACAAGUGGCUAUAAAGUUGAAACAGAGGAGUAUGACUUUUACAUAAAUGUGUGUGGCCCUGUGACUCUGAACUCUUGUGAGAACUCAGGAGCGUGUCAGGUUGCAAAAAGUGACAAGAAGGUUUGGAACCUGGGCCUGAGUAAUGCUAAGCUUUCGUAUUAUGACGGGAUGAUCCAGCUGAACUACAGGGAUGGCACCCCCUAUAAUAAUGCAAAGCAUACUCCGAGAUCGACACUCAUCACUUUCCUCUGUGACAGAGACGCUGGAGUGGGUGCCCCUGAGUAUCAGGAAGAAGACAACUCGACCUACAACUUCCGCUGGUACACCAACUACGCCUGCCCCGAGGAGCCCCUGGAGUGUGUUGUGACAGACCCCAUCACACUGGAGCAGUACGACCUUUCCAGUCUAGCAAAAUCCGAAGGCAGCCAUGGUGGAAACUGGUAUGCCAUGGAUAAUGCUGGUGCACGGGCCACCUGGAGGAAGUACUACAUCAAUGUGUGUCGGCCCCUGAACCCGGUGCCUGGCUGUGACCGCUUUGCCUCUGCGUGUGAGAUGAAAUACAAGCGUGAGCAGGGGUCAUCUUCUGAGAUCGUCUCCAUCAGUAACUUGGGCAUCGCGAGGGCAGGUCCCACAAUUGAAGACAGGGGCAGCCUCCUCCUGGAGUAUGUGAACGGCUCGGCCUGCAAGACCAGCGACGGCCAGCUGACCAACUACACCACACGGAUCCACCUCAUCUGUUCCCCGGGCAGCGUGAAUACCCAUCCCAUAUAUUCUCUCAGUUGGGAGUGUGUGGUCACUUUCCUGUGGAACACGGAGGCUGCCUGCCCUGUGCAGACAGCCACAGACACAGACCAGGCCUGCUCCGUAAAGGACCCUAACAGUGGGUUUGUGUUCAACCUUAACCCACUCAACAUGUCUCUGGGUUACGUGGUCUCGGGCAUCGGGAAGACCUUUUUGUUGAACAUCUGUGGAGCGAUGCCCAUCUGUGGGACCAUCGAGGGGAAGCCAGCCUUCGGCUGUGAGGCAGAAACCCAGACGGGAGACUUGGAGAACUUGGAGCCGGACCGCGUCGUUGGAGGCGAGAAGAGCCUCCAGCUGUCCACCGAGGGGUUCAUCACACUGACCUACAGGGGACUGCCCCACCCUGCCAAAGGCACCUCUGAUGCUUUCAUCAUCCGCUUUGUUUGUAACGACGAUGUUUACCCAGGAAUACCCAAAUUCCUGCAUCAGGAUAUCGACUCUGGGCUUGGGAUCCAUGACACGUUCUUUGAGUUUGAAACGGCUCUGGCCUGUGUGCCUUCUCCAGUGGAUUGCCAAGUCACCGAUGCCAUCGGGAACGAGUAUGACCUGAGUGCCUUGAGCACAGUAAGGAAGCCUUGGACCGCUGUGGACACCUCAGCCAGUGGCAAGAAGAGAACUUUCUAUCUGAGCGUUUGCAGCCCUCUCCCUUUUAUUCCGGGAUGCCACGGCAGUGCAAUGGGCUCGUGCUUAGUGUUAGAAGACAAAAGCUGGAACCUGGGGGUGGUGCAGAUUAGCCCCCAAGCCACAGUGAAUGGGUCCCUGAGCAUCGUGUACGUCAAUGGCGACAAGUGUGGUAACCAGCGGUACUCCACCAGGAUCAUGUUCGAAUGUGCUCAGACUUCGGGAUCCCCAAUGUUUCAGCUUUUAGAUGACUGUGAGUAUGUGUUUGUCUGGAGAACAGUGGAGGCCUGCCCGGUAGUUCGAGUGGAAGGGGACAGCUGUGAGGUGAGAGACCCCAGGCACGGCAAUGUCUAUGACCUGAAGCCGCUGGGUCUGAAUGACACGAUCGUGAGUGCUGGAGAGUACACGUACUACUUCCGCGUCUGUGGAAAGCUUUCCGCAGGAGUCUGUCCAACUCAAGACAGAUCCAUGGUUGUCUCAUCCUGUCAGGAGAAGCAGGGACCUCAUGGCUUUCACAAAGUGGCAGGUCUCCUUACUCAAAAAGUGACUUAUGAAAAUGGAUUGUUAAAAAUUAACUACACUGGGGGUGACAUUUGCCAUAACGUGUAUCAGCGUUCAACAACCAUCUUCUUCUACUGUGAUCGUGGCACCCAGAAGCCAGUGUUCCUGAGGGAGACGUCAGAUUGCUCAUACCUGUUUGAGUGGCGCACACAGCACGCCUGCCCACCCUUUGAAAUGACCGAGUGUUCAUUCAAAGAUGGUGCCGGCAACUCCUUUGACCUCUCCUCCCUGUCAAAGUACAGUGACAACUGGGAAGCAGUGACGAGUACGGGGGCCACAGAGCACUACCUCAUCAAUGUCUGCAAGUCCCUGGCCCCACAGCCUGGCACUGAGCCAUGCCCCCUGGAAGCAGCUGUCUGUCUGCAGAAUGGCUCCAAGGCUGUGAACCUCGGCCGGGUGAGGGACGGCCCUCAAUGGAGAGAUGACUCAAUUGUCCUGAAGUACGUGGAUGGGGACUUGUGUCCAGACCAGAUUCGGAAAAGGUCAACUACCAUCCGGUUAACCUGCAGCAAAAGCCAGGUGAAUUCCAGGCCCAUGUUCAUCAGCGCCGUGGAGGACUGCGAGUACACCUUCUCCUGGCCCACGCCUGCCGCUUGUCCUGUGAGGAGCAACGUGCAUGACAACUGCCAAGUUACCAACCCUGCCACAGGGCACCUGUUUGAUCUGACCUCUUUGAGUGGCAGAACUGGUUACACUGCUGCCUAUAGUGAGAAGGGCCUCGUCUACAUCAGCGUCUGUGGGGAGAAUGAAAACUGCUCUCCUGGCGUGGGUGCCUGCUUCGGCCAGACCAGAAUCAGUGUGGGCAAGGCCAACAAGAGGCUCACCUACGUGGAUCAGGUGCUGCAGCUGGUCUAUGAGGACGGCUCCCCUUGUCCUUCGAAGCUGGGCCUGAGUUACAAGAGCGUCAUCAGCUUCGUGUGCCGGCCGGAGACGGGCCCGACCAACCAGCCCAUGCUCAUCUCUCUGGACAAGCAGACCUGCACCCUCUUCUUCUCCUGGCACACGCCACUGGCCUGCGAGCAAGUGAUGGAGUGUUCGGUCAAGAACGGCAGCUCCAUCAUCGACUUGUCCCCACUGAUCCACCGCACGGGCGGCUAUGAAGCGUUUGACGAGAGCGAGGAUGACGGCUCUGACACCAACCCCGACUUCUACAUCAACAUCUGCCAGCCGCUGAACCCGAUCCACGGGGUGGCGUGUCCUGCCGGGGCAGCUGUGUGCAAAGUCCCUGUCGACGGGUCCCCCAUUGACAUUGGCCGAAUCACAGGCCCUCCAAUACUCAACCCCACAGCAAAUGAAGUUUACAUGAAUUUUGAAAGUACCACACCUUGUGCCGAGGACAAGCACUUCAACUACACCUCCCUCAUUGCUUUUCACUGUAAGAGAGGCGUGAGCAUGGGAACGCCCAAGCUGCUGAGGACCAGCGACUGUGACUUCGUGUUUGAGUGGGAGACCCCGCUCAUGUGUCCGGACAACGUGCAGACAGAGGGCUGCUCGCUGACCGACGAACAGCUCUACUACAGCUUCAACCUGUCCAGCCUGUCCACCAGCACCUUCAAGGUGACACGAGACUCCCGCACGUACAGUGUGGGUGUGUGCACCGCAGCCGCAGGCCUGGACGAGGGCGGCUGCAAGGACGGGGGCGUCUGCCUGCUCUCCAGCAGCAAGGGAGCCUCGUUUGGGCGGCUGGCCUCCAUGAGGCUGGACUACAGGCACCAGGACGAGGCCGUCAUCCUGAGCUACGUCAACGGUGACAGCUGCCCUCCAGAAACGGAAGAUGGGGACCCGUGUGUCUUCCCGUUCAUAUUCAACGGGAAGAACUACGAGGAGUGUGCCGUGGAGGUGAGGCCGAGGCCCUGGUGUGCCACCACCUCGAACUACGACCGCGACCACCAGUGGGGGUUCUGCAAGCACUCCAACAGCCACCGGACGUCGGCCAUCAUAUUCAAGUGUGACGAAGAUGCCGACAUCGGGUGGCCCCAGGUCUUCAGUGAGGUUCGUGGCUGUGAAGUGACCUUUGAGUGGAAGACGAAGGUGGUCUGCCCUCCGAAGAAGAUGGAGUGCAAGUUCAUCCAGAAGCACAAGACCUAUGACCUCAGGCUGCUCUCCUCUCUCACCGGCUCCUGGUUCUUUGUCCACGGUGGUGCCUCGUACUACAUCAACUUGUGUCAGAAGAUAUACAAGGGCCCCUCUGGCUGCUCGGACAGAGCCAGUAUUUGCAGGAAGACGGCCUCUGGGCAGGUGCAGGUGCUGGGGCUGGUGCACACGCAGAAGCUGGACGUUGUGGAUGAUAGAGUUGUCGUAACUUACUCAAAAGGCUAUCAGUGUGGUGAAAAUAAGACCGCAUCCACAGUGAUCGAGUUGACAUGUGCGAAGACAGUGGGCAGGCCGGCCUACAGCAGGUUUGAUAUCGACAGCUGCACCUACUACUUCCGCUGGGACACCCGGGCUGCAUGUGCGGUGAAGCCCCAGGAGGUGGAGGUGGUGAAUGGGACCAUCACCAAUCCCAUAAACGGCAAGAGCUUUAGCCUGGGAGACAUCUAUUUUAAGCUCUUCAGCGCCUCUGGGGACAUGAGAACCAACGGGGACAAGUACCUGUAUGAAAUCCAGCUCUCUUCCAUCACCAGCUCCACGAAUCCUUCGUGUUCUGGGGCUAACAUCUGCCAGCUGAAACCUAACGACCAGCACUUUAGUAGGAAGGUGGGAACUUCGGAUAAAACCAAAUACUACAUUCAAGAUGGUGACCUCGAUGUUGUGUUUGCUUCGUCCUCAAAGUGUGGCAAAGACAAGACCAAGUCUGUCUCAUCCACCAUUUUCUUCCACUGCGACCCUUUGGCAGAGAACGGGAUCCCUGAGUUCAGCCAUGAGACUGCCGACUGCCAGUACCUCUUCUCGUGGUACACCUCUGCCGUGUGUCCUCUCGGGGUGGGCUUGGAUGGCGAGAGUGCUGGAGAGAGCGGGCCAGAGCACCAGGGGCUCUCGGGGCGGAGCCAGGCCGUGGGGGCCAUUCUCAGCCUGCUGCUGGUGGCCCUGACUGGCUGUCUGCUGACCCUGCUGCUCUACAAGAAGGAACAGAGGGAAACAGUGAUGAAUAAGCUCACCGCUUGCUGUAGAAGAAGUUCAAAUGUGUCCUACAAAUACUCUAAGGUCAGCAAGGAGGAGGAGGCCGACGAGCAUGAGAGUGAGUGGCUCAUGGAGGAGAUCCAGAUGCCAGCCCCCAGACCCGGGAAGGACGGGCAGGAGAACGGCCACAUCACCACAAAGUCGGUGAAAGCCGACGCCCUCACGUCCCUGCACGGGGACGACCAGGACAGCGAGGAUGAGGUGCUGACCAUCCCCGACGUGAAGGUGCACUCUGCCCGAGGGUCCGGGGCGGAUAGCUCGCACAAGACAAGGAGCCCCCCGAGGAAGGCAGGUCGGGAGUGGGAUGAUGACAGGCUGGGGUUGGUCAGAGAGGAGAGGGCCCGGAAAGGGAAGUGCAGAGCCGGCCAGCAGAGGCCAGGGCACUCUGCCCACCCGGUGGCCUUCCAUGACGACAGCGACGAGGACCUCCUCCACGUCUAA